AUGCUGCGAAAGCAAGCGCUGAACAACCUCGCCUUCACAGUGCCCAAGAACCGAAAGCCCAAGUUCGAUCUCACCCUUCGUAUCAUCGACCUGACCAAUAUCCCCCUCAUCUAUGGCACCGUCUGCGUCAGAUGGCACGUCGCCUCUUCUAGUGCCGCCGAACACCGUGGCCGCACGGAUAAAGCCUACAUCGUCGAGCACAAGGCGACGUGGGAUUACACGAAAGACUUUCCCGUACGCCUCACAAUCGACAAGAAUGGCAUGCUGCAAGAGCGCGCCUUACAUUUUGAGGUUUUGCAAGAAUUCAGCGAAGGUGGUCGAGGCGGCCGAGUGCACCUGGGAAGUGUGAAACUCAAUCUGGCCGAGUAUGCCCGCCCGCCGGAAGGAACUAACAAUCGUGCCCCGCACGAUGACGGCGACGAUGGCGCGAUCACGAGGAGAUAUCUGCUACAGGAUAGCAAGGUGAACAGCACGUUGAAGGUUGGAAUCAAAAUGAUACAGACCGAGGGCGACACAAAUUUCACUGCGCCUCCACUGAGGUCCGCUAUGGUGAUCGGGGGGAUUGCCGAAGUUCUGUCCGCAGAGGUCGGAGAAGGAGACGACAUCCCCAGCAUUACUAGUAAAACUCGAGAGCUGUCCGAGGCCCAGGAUAUCUACCGACGGACGUUGGCCGCUACAUGGGCUUGCCAGGCAGGAGAGCUCCCACCGGAUAAGCUGGUCGAGGAUAUCUUCUCAGGAGGUGAUGGAGGCCAAAUCGCUGCACCGCCGAAAUCAACCAAGCAAUCCAGAAGCAGCCCCCGAGAAGAGGGCCUGCAUAGCAGCUCAGGCGACGAGGUCACCAGGCCAAUCACUCCUCGGCAACACCUGACUCCUCAGAGCGCCAGCAAUGGCCAUAGGAGGGGGAAGAGCAUGGAGUCGCCGAAGGUACCACCCUUACAGGUGAGCGCCGUCAGUGGACGAUCGAGCAUUGAUCAACAGGUGCAUGCAAGCCAGCAGGAACAGCGGCGGAAAAGUCGACCGCCGUUCCAUGAACAUACCGAAUUUGAGCUGAGGGAUGAUUUACGCAGUUGGCAGGUUCGGGUGAAUUAA